GUCCUUUUCCAUAAAUAUCUAGCAAUUAAUCAAAGAAAAUACGUUCAAAAAUCUACAUUUCUCUCCCAAAAUCAAAAUGAGUAACUAUUCAAUUGAAAACCAAGAUGAUCAAUAUGUUGUCACAAUGAAUUGGGAAGUAAACAAGAAUCAACUAGAAUUGAUGCAACAAAAAAUUUCCCAACCACCUCAACUUCUAAGCGAAUCGGCCGGUCGGAGUUCUUGUUGUAUUUUUCGAGUACCUCAAAGUUUCAUUAAUGUCAAUGGCCGAUCUUACGAGCCUCAAAUAGUGUCAAUUGGUCCAUAUCACCAUGGCAAGGAUCAUGUCAAGAUGAUUGAAGAACACAAGUGGAGAUUUUUGGGCACUUUGCUUAAGAGAACUGAGGAAAAAGAUCUUAAUUUAGAGGACUAUUUGAAAGUUAUUCAGCCACUAGAAAUGAGAGCAAGGGAAUGUUACUCUGAGGCUAUACUUUUUGAUAGAGAUGAGUUUGUAGAAAUGUUGGUUCUUGAUGGUUGUUUUAUUAUUGAACUUUUUCGUAAAUUCGGAGGGGUAGUUCCUGUUGAAAAAGACGAUCCUCUUAUCUCGAUGUCUUGGAUAUACCCUUUUUUCUUAAGGGAUUUAAUCCGACUCGAGAAUCAAAUCCCUUUUUUCAUACUCCAAUCCUUGUUUGAAUUUACCAAAAUGCCAGGUGAAGAAUCAACUCCUUCUUUAGCCAAAUUAGCUUUGACUUUCUUUAACUAUACACUACAAAGACCUAAUGAAGUUCUUGAAAAUUUUGGAAAUCUUGAAGGCAAACAUUUACUUGAUUUUCUUAGAUCAAGUUACAUUUUCAUAGAUGAUGAAAACCCUAAAAAAAGAAGAAAUUCACCUACACAUGUAAUACAAUGUAUUUCCAAGCUUCGUCGCGCCGGAAUUAAGCUUAAACCUAGAAAAGAAGAGACAUUCUUGUCUAUAAAAUUCAAUAGAGGAUUUAUUGAAAUGCCAACAAUUACAAUAGAUGAUUUUAUGAGUUCAUUCUUGAUAAAUUGUGUGGCAUAUGAGCAAUGUCAUGUUGAUUGUUCAAAGCAUAUGACAACCUUUGCAACAUUGUUAGAUUGUUUGGUAAACACAUACAAGGAUGUUGAAUAUUUGUGUGAUUGCAACAUAAUUGAGAAUUAUUUUGGGACAGAUGCUGAGGUUGCUACAUUCAUUAAUAAUCUUGGGAAGGAUGUUAUGUUUGAUAUUGAUGAGUGUUAUUUGUUGGAAUUGUUUAAUAAGGUGAAUGAUUAUUAUAAGAGUAGUUGGCAUGUUCAUUGGGCUAGUUUUAAGUAUACUUAUUUUAGUUCUCCUUGGUCUUUUAUUUCAGCAUUGGCUGCUUUAAUUCUUUUGGUAUUGGCUGUUCUACAGGCUCUUUAUGCAAUUCUGAGUUAUGUUAACCCUCCUUCUUGAUUCAGGCUUGUAAAAUAGUUUGAAAUUUUGAUUUGUGGGCUUGGUUUAUGUCAAGUAGUUUCAUCAAUUUUGAGAAGAUAACUAGGUAAUGUCUUUAAAUUUGGUUUGCUUUUUGAGAACAAUUGUGUAUGAUUUCAAUAUUUUUGAUAGUUUUGUCAU